AUCGACCCCAGGACUUGUUUUUUAUGUCCUCCAUUUUUUGAUGACAACCCAUUUGAUAUUUAUGAAAAAAUUCUUAUUGGAAAAAUAACAUGGCCAAAAAGCAUGGACCCUGUUGCAAAAGAUCUAAUAAAAAAGCUCCUCGUUCAUGACAGGACAAGACGACUUGGAAACAUGAAGUCUGGUGCAGAGGAUGUGAAAAACCACCGAUGGUUUAAAGGUAUUAAAUGGACUGACGUAAGGGAAAGAAAGCUGAAGCCUCCUAUUGUCCCUAAAAUUAGUCAUGCCGGUGAUACGAAUAACUUUGAAGAAUAUCCAGAUGAAGACACAAAAUUUGUAGAGGAAGCUACACCAGAUGAUGUUGCACUGUUUACAGACUUUUAAGAAAUCUCUUCGCGUCAUUGUUUGUUAUUUUAUUUAUAUUUAAAUUAUAAUGGUGAAGAAAUGACUUUCUUUUCCUUCCCUAUUGAUUCGUAGUCAUUUCUCAUUGAAUUUUAUUGUACAGUCCCUAUUUACACUCCAUCAAUCUCAUGUCUACAACAGAUGGAACUGCUGGUAAAAGAUUUACAUUAAAAGCAUUUAACCCUAACUGAAGAUAUUUCAAAUAAAGAUAUUUCCCCCCUCUCAUGCCAUUGCAGUAACAUAUAUAUACAAUUCUGUUAAAUUCUUAAAUAUCUGCAAAUACAUUGUAUCCUUUUUAAAGAUACAGUUUAAACUUUUCAAAUUAUUCUCAUUGAAAUACACUAUUUUAAAUGAAGUUUUGUAUUUUAAAUAUAUAUUAGGUAUAUAUAUAUAUAUAUAUAUAUAUAUAUAUAUAUAUAUAUAUAUGUAUGGUGGAGAUAGUUUAAAGACAAUUCUUCCUGAUAUUUUGGGAUCUUUCAGAGUAUGCUAUCUUCAGAGGUUAUUGUUGAUUUUUACUAUUUCUUACUGUCAUCUUGUAGUAAUAGUUUCUGUUCCAUCAACACGACUGUGAGGAACAAAAUUCUAUAUAAUCAAGACUGGCAGCAAAUAAAUUUGGAGAAGGAGAA